GGUGUGUAAUGAAACCAUCGUCGGGUUUUGCGUCAUCUCGUAGUCAAGUGAGUAUAUCACCAGGAUCUGUUGUAUGUUCAGAAUGUGAACUAUCUGGUGAUAUAACCAUCGGUACAAAUACUGUUAUUCAUCCAAAAGUUCGUAUUAUUGCUGAAGCUGGUCCAAUAAUUAUUGGUUCGUUUAAUUUAAUUGAAGAACAGGUUGAAAUAGUGAAUAAAAUUGCCGGUUCUACAAUGAGGAUAGGAGACUACAAUGUGUUCGAGGUGGGGACUCGUUGCUAUGCCCUAGAAAUUGGUGAUAAUAAUGUUUUUGAGGCGAAAUGUCAUAUUGGACCAAAUGUUAAAAUUACUCACGGUUGUGUAAUUGGUGCAAUGUUUUCAUUGGAUGCUGGAGAAACAAUAGCGGAGUGUACUGUUGCCUACAGCGAUGAAGGUAAUCGUCGUAUCGCGACUGAACGUCCGCCUGCACAAACACUGCAGCUUGAUUUCUUGACGAAACUUUUGCCGAAUUAUCAUCACUUAUUGAAAUUCUCUCGAGGUACUGCACCGAAAAUAACCGAGAAGUCUUGACCCUUCUUCAUUUGCUCUGCUUAUCCACGGAUUUCAUGUCAUUUUGCACAAGUAUUUUUUAUCUUUAUCUAUAAUAUAUUUCUCAUCUUGUUAGUUUGGUUGGGAAUAUGGGGAAUACAAUUUUAAAACAUCUAAACACACAAUGGUUUUAAUAUAAAAGAAGAUACCUCUUUGUUAUUCUAACUAUAUUUUUUGUGCAAGUGUGGUUGUUUGUAUAAAAAUAAAUACCGUUUAAUUUUCGUUGUUCACUUCUAACUUCAUAUCACCGUCUGUGUGUUGCAUGGAAUGGUUCUGAUUGGUAUUUAAUGUCCAGUUAUAUUUUUGGUAUUCACUGGUGAAUAUAACAUUAACGAAAUGGUAAACUUAGUUAAAACUAAAAUGCGAGGCUGUUGUGGCCCGUUGGUCUAUAUGCCUGUCUUUCAACCAUUGGUAUACGGGUUCGGACACAGUACUCCACCUACUGAUGUUUAGCCUGCCAUGUAGCAUCGCUAACCCUCAUACAAUGAUUUAUGCAUCGAUUAGGCGUUUAAACGAUUCCACUCAACUUUUUUUGAUUCUUUAAGUGUGUUUUCACAAGAAUCGAUUGAUACACUUCGUGAUAUUUCUACAAGGAUUGUCAGGUUUUCGGGGUUGAAUGUUUAUCUUGUUUUUAUGUGAUGAUGGAAAGUACAGUCUUCUCAUCUUUGUUUCUGCUUUUUAAAAAUAAUGGUAUAACAACAGAAGACAAGGGCCAGG